AUGUUGCUUUAUAUUUUUCUAUUAUUACUGCCAUGGGUAUUAUGCGAGGUUGCCAAUUACGGUACCGUACCGAAAGGUCUCAAUCCUACGCUUUAUUCACCAGAUGAUCUAGUUAUUCAACUCGACGACAACACAUUCAAUGACACAAUAUUCUGCACUAGCAACAAGUGUACAUCAUAUUUAGUAGAGUUCUAUUCGGACUGGUGUGGACACUGCCGAUCAUUUGCACCGCUGUACAAAGAACUGGCGAAGGAUGUUCGGGGAUGGCAGGACGUUGUGAAGAUUGCUGCCAUCAACUGUGCUGAUUCUGCCAAUCAAAUCACCUGCCAGAGUAAUAAUGUGCAAUUUUUCCCAUUCAUUAAGUAUUUCCCUCGGAAUUCGACGGACGCGUUUGCUGGCUCAAAACUACGUCCAUAUCAGUCGUUAUCCGAGAUGAGAGACCAGUUGACCAAGGUAGUUAUGGACGAUUACUCUGUAAAUCGUUUUAGCGACUGGCCAAGAUUUGACUACCUAGGAGACUUUGUAACAUGGGCAGAUCUCUGGGAAGGUACCCCGGCAAGCGCACAGUACACAGCUAUUAUUUUUGAGAACCACCAAGCCAGCCUCACAGGUGCUCAGGUACCGCAAACAGCCACCUGCGAGGAUGCUAUCACCCUGUUUCUCGAAAAAAGAAUCUCCAGUGUGCCAGUUCUCGAUUCGUGUGGCCGUAUACUUGGCGUUAUAAGCAAAAGUGACGUGAUGUCCGAAUUAAUACGUCAUCCGAACAACUACCUCGAAAUUCUGGAAAUCCCAGUAAUGUUGCUACUGGAUCUGCACAAAAAGCGAGAUCGUCUUCUGGUUCGACGAUGUUUGAAAAAUCACCCUCUAGCUGAUGCUCUUCGUCUCACCGAUUUUCCUUCGCUGGCAAUUUUCAAGCGCGCCGAUAAGAAGCCCAUCCUUGUCGUGGAACUUCGUCGGCUCCUUCUAGCGGAGCUAGAAGGGUUCCUGUCAGGUAGGCCCGAAGCAGCCGUCCCAACAGUGCAGUUUCAUAGUCGCAAAAAUAGAACGAAUCCAUGUGAUGCCGAUCCGGAAAAAUGUCGUACACUGUACUAUGUCUCUGAGGUAGACAUGUUGAAGGCGAUGCGCUACGCCUUGUUCCGUGAAAGUUCUCGAAGCGGUGGAUCGUUGGUUGGCUCCAAUCUAACUGCUCUUCAUGGAUUCGUUAGUCUACUUGCCGACCACUUCCCUGUCACAACCACCUAUGGCAAUAAUACAUUAUUGGAUCGGUCGACACGCGCUGUCAAGGUGUUUGCUCGUCUGAGAGAUUUCAUUGAAAAUCGAGGGUUGGAUAGCGCCAUUCCGACCGACGACUGGCAAAAGGAGUUCAUCGCUGCAGAGGAAGCCGCUGGUAAUCCGUUUGCGGUCAACUCAGACUGGGAUCACUGUCGUGGGUCAAGCGGCCAGUUUCGUGGCUACACAUGCGGUCUAUGGGUUGCGUUACAUGCCCUCACAGUUUCUGCUUACAAGCAAGCGGAAGAACACCUAGCCGACUUCAAGCCGCUCGAGCCACUACAAGCAAUACGUGCAUGGGUGGGCUCAUUCUUCGGAUGCCUGCAUUGCCGUGAGCACUUCCUCAAAAUGACCACAACUUCAUUCCCUAUGGAAGCUCAGGUUCACAAACCGGAAGACGUAUUCCUGUACCUAUGGCGAGCUCACAACAUCGUAAAUGCUCGUCUUCAAGGACGCGACACAGAAGAUCCGCAAUUUCCGAAAGUGCAAUUUCCGGCUUCAUUCCUAUGCUCAAAUUGCACUGCGAACGGCUCAUUCAACGAGAAGCAGACUAGAGAUUUCCUUAUUAAUUACUAUUCGCAGGUCAAACCAUACCGAUCACCGACAUUUUUGCUGAGAUAA